AUGCGCGACAGCGUCCUGCACUGGCCAGGUCCUUCAGGGCCAGUGGACAGGCAAGGAAUGUACGAGAUCACUGAGCACUUCCAGCAGUCCCUGCUUCUGGCCUGUCCGCUGGACCCACUGAGGCGGGGAGACCGUGACGUCAUCCCCCGGGUGAGGCUCAGCGGCUGGCCAGGGCUCGCCUCAAAUGCAUGGCAGGGGCUGGGUUCGCAGAGUCUGUACCCUCCAGGGUCUGAGGGAGCGUGUUCCACGGGGUUCGACGGACAUCUCCUUUUCCAGGGGAUGAACAAUCAGUACGUCCGCCGGGAGGUCUUCUGCGGGAACACCUGUCACGAGCUCAAGCGCUUCUGGGAGCGCGAGAUCCGCAAGCAGACCUACUACCGGGAAUCCGAGGAAUACCGACUGGGAAGAAGUGCUCUGAGAAACACCAAGGGGAAGGUCAACAUGGCCAUGGAGAUCCUUUCUAUCUUGGCCUUCAGUGCCAAGCUACUAGGCUGCCUCUUUGCCCCCAGGCGCUAUAUUAUUAUUCCUCCCAGGCCUGAUAAGAACACCCUGAAAGGUAGAAGAUCCUAG